ACAACGAACAACAUAGAGAAGGCGUUAAUACUCUUUUUCGGGUUCACCCAUUUUACCGGUUUUUUGUACUAUCCUUGAUUCUGAAUCAGCACCCUGUGGAUCCAAUUAAUUAAAAAUAAUACUCUUCCACUUGAAGCAGAAACUAUACUAUAAUAGUAGUUAUAAAAAUAAUAACAUCCUUCCUUUCCAGUUAACCCAAAACCCAUCUCCAAGAAUCAAGAUCCAUUUCCUAUGGUAUAGACACGGAUAUUCUUUCUCAAGUUUGACUCCUUGGUUGGUUUCGUUUGGUUUUGGUUUUCUUUCUUACUCGGAAACAAUAGCUCUUUUGCUCGGACGCUUUGGGCUUCCAUUUCUUGACUUAAUCAGUCAGGAGUCUUCUUUAGAAGCUAUGAGUUCAAGCACAAAGAAAUCUGCUUCGACUGGAAGCGAGAAGAUUUCAGCAUCAGAAGAUCAGCAGGCAAUGGUUAACGAGGUGAGGGGGUCUCUAGGGACAUUGUCAGAUAAGUUUUCCAUAUAUUGUUCUGAUACAACAAUCCAGCGAUACUUAAUGGCAAGAAACUGGCAUGUCAAGAAGGCAACUAAGAUGCUAAAAGAGAGCUUAAAGUGGUCGUCAGAAAACAAACCUGAAGAGAUUCGCUGGGAAGAGGUAGCUCAAGAAGCAGAAACCGGGAAAAUUUACAGAUCAAAUUACACUGACAAGCAUGGAAGAACAGUUCUGGUCAUGAGACCUAGUUUCGAGAACUCAAAGUCGACUCAAGGAAAAAUCAGGUAUUUGUGUUACUGCAUGGAGAAUGCGGUGUUAAAUAUGCAACAAGGUCAGGAACAGAUGGUUUGGCUGAUUGACUUUCAGGGUUACAAGCUGUCGCAUGUCUCAGUGAAUGUGACAAGGGAAACUGCCCAUGUUUUGCAAGACCGCUAUCCAGAACGCUUAGGUCUUGCAAUACUCUACAAUCCACCCAAGUUCUUUGAGUCUUUCUGGAAGAUAGUAAAGCCUUUCCUGGACCAAAAAACUCGCGAUAAAGUCAAGUUCGUUUAUUCAAACGAUGCUAACACCAACAAGAUAAUGGAGGAUCUCUUCGAUAUGGAUCAGCUGGAGUCUGCAUUUGGUGGGAAUAACAAUACAGGUUUUGACAUAACUAAGUAUGCAGAGAGAAUGAGAGAGGAUGACAAAAGGAUGCGUGCUUUCUGGACACGAGCAGAUCCUUCAGUGCCCCCGCAACCAGUCCUCACAGACGCUCCAUCCUCGGAUUCUGUCAAGUUAGACAAAGAUUCUGAUCCUUCUGACAGUGAGAAGGCGAACAGUUCUCAAUCGCAUGGGGUAGAAUCAGAUGUGGUGUCACCAGAUCACAAUAAUAAGCUUGCGGAUACCGGCGGUACAAAUCCUACUGAAGAGAUGCAGUGAGUGAAACUAAUGACUGACGGGUAUUGCAUAAUCUUAGUAGUUGAGGUAUGGUAACACGGCUGAAUAGUAGUAGUCUUUACUGAUACCGCUUUGAUUGUUCAUUUAGGAACUUGAAAAUCCCCAAGUUCUUUUUUGUAAAACUUUAAGCUCUCAACUGGUGUUGUUACUGU